CUAACUGCGCACUGUGUGGGUCGGCUCCGAGGGGGAAACACACACACAAGCACGCUGGAAUUUUCCCUGCACUGGACGAACAGACGAGCUUCAUGGUGGCUGCGAUAAAUCCUGUCGUAUAACAAGUGAGAGUAAACUGGAAGAGACUUUAUCCCAGUGCACGGUGGCUUAUUUUGACUGACAGCACAAUGGAGGCAAAUGGCACAGCUGGUAAAUAUGGUCUGGAGGGAGAUUCGGAUCUCCACUUCCUGCUGCUCGGCGGGACCCUGGUCAAGAUUCGCUCGACCAACUGGAAGAAGAUCCGCUUCUUCCGACUGCAAGAGGACUGCAAGACCCUGUGGCACGAGUCCCAUAAAAUGUUCAAGAAGAAUCAGACAUUCUCCAUUGACGACAUUGAUUCAGUGCGCAUGGGCCGACAGUCUGAGGGGCUUAAUAAACACACCGACCCCAGUGAGGAGGAGCGGUGCUUCUCCAUCAUCUUCAAGGGUCGCAAGAGAAACCUUGACCUGAUGGCGCUCAGCGGGCCGGAGGCGAAACAGUGGGUCAGCGGACUGACCAAGAUCAUCAGCAACCUGCGCAACCUCAGCCGCCAGGAGAAGAGCGAGCACUGGAUCAUCAACUGCAUGCGGAAAGCAGACAAGAAUGAAGACAGCAAGAUGAACCUCAAGGAGCUGAAGCACUUUCUGCGACAGGUCAACGUUGAAGUUGACGACAUUUACGCAGAGGAAAUUUUCAAGACGUGUGACAAGUCCAAUUCAGGAUCGCUUGAAGGCUCCGAGAUCAAGCACUUCUACGACCUACUCACGCAACGGGAGGAGAUUGAUGUGAUUUAUAGGAACUGCGCUCAAACCGAGGGUGAGAUGAGCGCCAAAGACCUGCUGAACUUCCUGCGGCAUGAGCAGAGGGAGCAGGCGACCAUGGAGGACGCAUUCAAGCUGAUCGAGAAAUACGAGGUGGAUGGAACAGCGAAACAGAACAAGCACCUGACAAAAGACGGUUUCCUGAUGUACCUGCACCUGGAGGAGGGAUCCAUCCUCAAUCCAGCCCACAAGCAUGUGUACCAGGACAUGAGCCAGCCGCUCAACCAUUAUUACAUCUCGUCCUCACACAACACAUACCUGAUGGAAGACCAACUGAAAGGACCCAGCAGCACGGAGGCCUACAUCAAAGCUCUCAUGAAGAGCUGCCGCUGUGUGGAGCUGGAUUGCUGGGACGGGGCUAACGGAGAGCCUGUUAUUUAUCACGGCUACACGCUCACGUCCAAAGUUAUCUUCAGAGACGUCAUCAAAGCGAUCAAAGACUACGCCUUCAAAACGUCUGACUACCCAGUGAUCCUGUCCCUGGAGAACCACUGCACCCCGGACCAACAGAAGCUCAUGGCCCAUCACUUGAUCUCCAUCCUGGGCGACGCUUUGGUCACAAAGCCUCUGCGCAGCACCAUGCCCACCAACUUCCCCUCACCUGAGGAGCUGAAGGGCAAGUUCCUCGUCAAGGGAAAACGAAUGAACAAGCUGGACACUGCCUUCACCAACACCAGCACCAUAGAAGAAGACACUGUGUCUGAGGAGGAUGAGGCGGCAGAUUGUAAGGAGAACGACGGACAAAAAGCCAAAUCAAAGAAAUCAAAGAUCAAACUUGCCAAAGAGCUCUCAGACAUCGUCAUCUACUGUAAGAGCGUCCAUUUUAACGGCUUCGAGCACGCCAAAGACAACCAGGCCUUCUACGAGAUGUCGUCCUUAAAGGAGAGUAAAGCGUUCAACCUGGCUGAUACCUCAGCUACUGCCUUCAUGCAUCACAACAUGGACAAACUCAGCAGGAUCUACCCGGCAGGCUCCAGAACUGACUCCUCCAACUACAACCCUGUGCCCAUGUGGAACGUUGGCUGCCAGAUCGUGGCGUUAAACUUCCAGAAUACCUCAAAGGAGAUGCACAUAAACCAGGGACGGUUUCUGCAGAACGGGCUUUGCGGCUACGUCCUGAAACCUGAAUUCCAGAGAAGUUUGUCCUCUCAGUUUGACCCCAACACGCUGAUCAAAGGGCCCUGGCUAAAGAAGAAGACCUUUCACGUCAUGGUCAUCUCAGCUCAGCAGUUACCCAAACUCAACAAGGACAAACACAAAUCCAUUGUGGACCCUCUGGUCAGAAUGGAGAUCUUCGGUGUACCGGCAGACUGCGCCAGCAAGGAGACACACUACAUUGACAACAAUGGUUUCAACCCCAUGUGGAACGAAAGCUUUCAGUUUAACAUCCAAGUGCCAGAUCUGGCCAUGCUGCAGUUUGUGGUGGAGGACUAUGACUCAACAUCCCAGAAUGAUCUCAUCGGGCAGUACUGUCUACCGAUCACCAGUGUGCAGAACGGCUACCGCCACGUCCCGCUGUUCACCAAGAGAGGCAACGUCAUUUGCUCCGCCGGACUGUUUGUGCAUCUCAUGCUCACGGACGCCCUGUAGACUCGCAUGUGGAAAGACAAGCUUCGCGCCAGGAACAGCUUUUUUUUUUGUCCUCCAAGUAAAAGCGGCGGACACCCAACUGUCUGUAACAUUUUUCCUGUUAUUGUGUAAUUUAAGCUGUAUAAAUAGUGUUUGAGAGGAAAGGGAGAAUGAAUGAAAAUGUGAAUGAAAGAGCAGUGAAGGAAAUAAUUUAAAGAAAGACAUGAAUUUGUUUAUUAUUAUUAUUAUAUAUAUAUAAUAUGAUGGUAUUAAUUGAUGAAAGAGUGAUGUGUGAGACUUCAUAUUUUCCGUCAUUCGUACAGGCCAUAAAUCAUGGAAACAGUGUUUUGUAGAGCAACACAACAAGCGAUCAACUUAGAGAGUUUUAAACAGAACUUGAGGACAAAUCUUUAUCUAAAUUAUCUCAGAUUUAUUUCGACAGUGAUGUCGGCCUCUGGAGUCUGUGGCAGCAGUAUGUCAAAGGGAACUGUUCUUUUAUCAGUGUGAUUAAUAUUUCUUUCUAAAGGACUAAAUGCUUCUUAACUUCCUCUUUUUGACUGUUGGUAUGAAGAGGGUAUUUACCGUGUGAUACAUAAAUCUGCUCCGGACAUAUUGAUCUCUAAUCAUCAAGUAUUUUAAAAAUCACACGUUCAUUUGUAUUUUUUUAUCCCCUCAUGUACCAGAGCUGUUUUAGCCCCAUGAAAAAUCUCUGACUGUCAGUGUAUUCAUUAUCUCACCCGCAUUUGCACUAGAUCUCAAAUAAAACUGAUGGUCUCGGA